CUUACACCAAUAUUGCACAGUUGAUACGUCAUGGCCCCAUGGGUUUGUGAGGUACCCCCUCCACGGACAACAGAGCGCGUCAAGUCCAUAUCACUGUGACCAUGGUCAUAUUGCUCGGCUCGCGUAGAGUAUAACUAAGCCGCACAUCACAAGCUCAUACCUACCAGUCCUAGUAGUACUAUGGCCGAUCCAGGAAACCGUGAGCGAGGCCUCAGAGCCGCGCUCAACAACCCGCGCGUAUCAGAGCAAGCCAAGCAGCGGGACCGUGAGAUACUUGAAGCCGAAUUCGGCGAGCACAUCGAGAGCCCGGAGCCGGCACAGACGGGCAGCAGACGCCGCGCUUCGGGCGGCAAGAAGAGCGCCUCAACUGGCCCUCACUCGUCCUCGGCCACAGAGGAGGCUCAACAGGGCUUUACACAUCCUCAGGCAUCUUCUUCCAGGAUGAAAGCUAGGAGGGCUUCUAGUGGAGAGGGAGCACCGGCGGGUUUACAUGAGAUGACUGAAGGCAAGGAUACGGGUAAUGUAAUUCGUGGAUUGAAGGCUGCCCUCAAGAACCCGAACGUCUCUGAGAAGGCAAAGGAGGCGGACCGCAAGAAGCUGCGGGAACUGGGAGAGUCGGCUGACUGAGAAUGCUCUCCGUGUACCACUAUAAUCCUCUGCCAGGCUUGAUGUAUGGUGUUUUCAUCCCCCGAGGCACACAGCGCAUACUGAAAUUGAUC